AUGCUUAAAAAUAGAGAAUUCUUGUCAGUGAUCGAUUCGCCUUAUCAGUCUGUAAGAGAUGGACGGACCGUGGAACAUGCUGUCGUUUGUAGUGACGCUACUGGUUUGGGGGCGCUUUGCUACAGGUGCCGUGGAGAUUGGAUGGUCAGUGGAAACAAUGAGUGUUGACGAAGGUUCAUUUUCUCCAAAGCAAAUGAUCACAAGAUCAUCUCCUACCGGCCAACACAUCGUUUCCAUCAGUUUCAAAGAUGUCACAGCAAAAGAAGGCUUUGAUUACGGGAUAGGAUCCAAUACUGAUGUAGUGUUCAGAAACGGUGACAGUUUUAAAGACUAUUACUUCCACAUACAAGACGACAUUGACGUGGAAGAGGUUGAGACGUUUGAACUGACUCUUAGUUCAACUGAUUCUGAUGUGACAAUAAUCAAACCAACACUUACGGUCUCAAUCAAUAUGGAUGAUAAAGCUAAAUUCGAAAUUAAAUACAAAGGAGAGGUCACAGAGGAAAAUGUAUAUGGAGCAGUUAUUACCAGAACAGAAUGUUGGGGCUGCAAUGCGACGAUAUCCAUCAAGUGUUCCGCUGAGAGCGAUGAAGCCAUCUCAGGCACAGACUUUACAGCUGUUUCCAAUCAAAUAGUCACCUUUAAAGCGGAAGAUAAUGAAAUGACAUGCAAAAUACCGACACUCGCCGACGAUCUGAUUGAAGGGGCUGAAGACUUCAAGAUCAAGCUGGCAACCGAUUCUACUAUCGCUACAAUAGUAUUAAGUAAUCAGGUCGUAACUAUCAAAGACGAAGACAGAGUGACUACACAGUUCAAAGGUUCUGAUACCUAUACGGUCAGCGAGGACGGUGGAAAGGUUACAUUGACUAUGGAAAUGAUCGGAAAGGAGCUGAUCAAAGACACACUGACCGUGCAGCUCGUCACUAUUCCAGGCACAGCAGGAGCAAAAGAUUAUGGGGGGCUCAAUGGAUUUGCUGUCUCCUUCAAAGCCGGAACCUCAACAAUGACCGAAGAUAUCACAAUUAAAACCGAUGAUAUACCAGAAGGAAAAGAAAAAUUCGAGGUUAAGUUACAAUUAAAUGCGAUUAGCUGGGAUGGAGGAAUGCAAAAACUUGGCAGUUUUUCAAAAGUCACAAUCUUCAUAACCGAUACGCCGGAUAAGGCAACGUUUACGUUUAAAGAAGCAACUAUUGAAGUAGCCGAGGAGUCAUCUACACUUAAGGUGCCGAUUAAGCAGGAAACAGCCACCGAAUUGAACAUUGUUAUCAAGGUUGAAGUGACUGGCGGGUCGGCGAAAGUGGGCGAUGAUUUUACAUUCAACAACGCGGUAACCUUCGGCAAUACAGUAUCUGAGGAAUCCCUGGUGUUGAAUAUUAUUGAUAACGAUGAUAUCGAUGGCGACAGAACAAUAAAUUUGAAGCUCACUUCCCCGGAUUUCACAGAUAACGUUGAAUGGGGGUCAACCACGGAAUGCGUGGUCACAAUCAAGGAUACCGAUCUAGUGACGUACCAAUUCAAACAAACGGCAGUGACAGUCAAUGAAGAUGUUGGAAAAGUAACAUUAGACAUCGAGCGCACAAAUCCGGCACCAACCAAAGCGGUGGAUCUUAAGAUUAACACAAAAGACGAUUCUGCUACAAGCGGAGAGGACUUUACCGGUCUAUCCGAUGAAGUUAAGACUAUGGCAAUUGCUGACAAGGCGACAACUGUCGAUGUCGUUAUCACCGACGAUGACAUUGUCGAAGGAACACAGCAAUUAAAAGUAGUUAUGACAGAAGACUACGCUGAUGUAAGGAUUGGAACAAGAAAAGAAGUUAUCAUUACCAUCCUGGACAAUGACCUCCAGGAGACAUUUUCCUUAAAGUCGGCGACUUUGGAAGUCGAAGAGGACGCUGGGACGGUAGAUAUAAUUGUGACUAAAGCAAAAGCAACUCAGUCGGUUACACUUAAAGUCAACCUCACUGUCACGGAUGGUACCGCCAAGAAUGGCAUGAACGGUUUGACAGGAGCAGACUACAAGACGCAACCGCUUUAUACGGAGUUAGAAUUCGCGCCUAGCGACACAUCCAAGACCUUAAGUAUCCCACUGUUUAAUGAUGAUAUAGUGGAACUCAACAAAACCUUUACAGUUACUCUCACGACGAACGAAGCCAGAGCGAAGAUUGGUGACCACUCCGUGAUGACAGUCAAGAUCGUCAAUGACGAUAAAGAAAUAUUUGAGUUAUCGCCUACGGCCUAUGAGCUCUACGAAGACACGGGAGAAGUGAAUGUUACGAUCACCAAAGCAGGGAAAGCCACUCUACCGGAGCACGUGCUAACUAUCUUGCUGACUACUGUGGACGAUACGGCUACUGCCUCAUCCGGGGAUUUCCCCAAGCUCACCGGUCAGCAAAUCACAUUUGCUCCAAUGGAAACAACAAAGAACGUCACAGUGUAUGUGACAGUGGACAAAAUACUGGAACACGAUGAGAUAUUCAAAGUCAAGUUGGUUCCAUUUGAUUGGGACACCAAAAUAGGGUCAAAUCAGGAGGCUACGAUAAAAAUAUGGAACGAAGAUAGAGGCAACGUUACCUUUAAUGAGACGGUGUAUACAUUCAACGAAGGCGACGGCGCUGUCUUAAAUUUUGGCUGCAGCGGGAACAACGACAUCGACAUGAACUUCAAUCUAAAGGCAAUGCCUAUCAUGGCCAAUAAUACGCUGUCUGAGAAGGCUGAUUACACACUAGCGGACGGCCAAGCUGUGAAAUGUUCACCGAGAGUUACGGGUGUUACCUAUACUGUACCUUUAACGGACGAUGUGAACGCUGAAUGGCCAGAGACCUUCCAUGUGAAUAUGAGCACUUCUCAGGAUCAUGUUGACUUGUUGGUCACUGAAGCCACGGUGACUAUUGUGGACGAUGAGGAUAAGGUGGACAUCGGCAUCAAGCAUGUAGAGUACAAUCUGACGGAAGCAGAUUGCCACAUUGUAGUAACUCUAGAGAAGACGCCAAAUACAGAGGUCGAUAUAACCGUAAAGGUUUCCUCGAUGGACAUCAUGACAAAUUCGACAGGCUUUCCAAAACCUUCACCAAAACCUCCACACCCCACAUUCCUCAAAAACUACACAUGCUUAUUAAAUACUACAGUCUCGUCCAACACAACAAACACGACAUACUUUUACAAUUCUACAUGCUUUUACAACUACACCGACACUAGCUAUAAAUGCCCACCUCGGGCCUCAACUAUUCAAGACUUCGAGCCUUACACAUUGAACAUCACCUUUGCUCCUUCUGAGACAGAGCGUACGUUUUUAAUACCUAUGACCGAUGACGACUUUUUGGAAUACAAUGAGACUUUCAAGAUUGUCUUAGAGAGCUUGACCCCGAACAAGACCAAGCCUAUCGUCAAGAACGAGACUAUCAUUACGAUAUACAACGACGACAUUGCAACACUUGAACUUGUGGAGAGGUUAGUUAGCCUAGAGGAAGCGCAAGCGAUGGUCAAGUUAACCGUGCGACUUCUCGGAAAAACACUGAUUCCUGUUUAUUACAACAUAUCCACAAUGAACAGCACAGCGAUCGACAGUCGUGACUUUCCUCGCGUCGUCAAACAAACCUACAGCUUUAGACCGUCUCCAUCAGGAGAAAGCACUAUGCAGAUUGAAGUGAACGUCACCGAUGAGCUGCUCGUAGAAUAUCUUGAGCAAUUUGACAUCGUCUUAACGACCGAGCAGCCAUUUGUGUAUGUGGUGGAGAGUAUGAAUACAAGCGAGGUUCAAAUCAUCAACGACGAUCAUGUGAUGGUUGGGUUCAUCAAUACCGCUCAGUCUGUAAACGAGUCCCAAGGAUACGCUAACGUGUGUGUGAUGGUGGUCCGAGGGGAGAGAGCUAUACCCGUCUCUUACAACGUCAGCACGUAUCACAUCACCACGACAGUUGGAAGAGAUUUCGUAACUCUCAGUAACUUCACCGUCACUAUUCCGUAUGGAACGAACACCUCAUGCUUUACUGUGACCAUAAGAGAUGAUGACGUGGCCGAGCUGGACGAGACUUUUGGCGUAAAGCUUUAUAGUGGGAAACGAAAUGUGGUCAUCGACCAAACACUAAAUAGUUACGAGAUUACUAUCCUGAACGAUGACUCCGUGACAAUGGAGUUUCAUGUGCCGGAAAAUACUUCUGUGUCAGAGGGAGAUAGGACUCUUGUGACUGUGGUUGUGAAUGGCAAAUAUGACAUCCCCUUGUCUGUGUGGCUCUAUACAAUGAACGAAUCAUCGACAGCAUACCAAGACGAUUACAACCUGACAAGCAUUGUAUGGCCUCAAGAUAUGCCGUCGCUUCCUGGCAUGCCAGUUUUCCCCGACUGGGAGUUACCUAUCCCUGCAAACUCAUCCCAUAACUUGACCAUUGUGUUCAACAUGGAUGCCAAGAAUGUUUCUGUCGUAGUGGAUACUAUAUCAGACAGGUUGACAGAGUCUAGAGAAUGGAUAGUAUGGCUUACGCAGAUGUGGGGUUGUAUGUGUGAAUGUAUGGCUUACGUAGAUGUGGGGUUGUAUGUGUGA